CGGUUAAGCAUCCAACUUUGGCUCAGGUCAUGAUCUCAUGGUUCAUGGGUUCAAGCCCUACAUCGGGCUCUGUGCUGACAGCUCAGAGCCUGAAGCCUGCUUUGGAUUCUCUCUCUCUCUCUCUCUCUCUCUCUCUCUCUCUCUCUGCCCCUCCCCCACUUAUGCUCUGUCUCUUUCAAAAAUAAAUAAUUAAAAAAAAAUUUUUAAACAAUACAGAUAUCAUAGAAAAAAUAGAAAAUAAAAUUUUAAGGAAUGAAUAAGUUGCCAAUAAUCCCAUCCCCCAGAGAUAGCCACAGUUAACAGGUUAAUAUGUAAAGAUCCUAGAUAAUUACUUUGGGUCUUUUUCUUGUGUUUGCUUUGAUGGAGAUUAUUUUAUACAGCUUUAAAAGCAUUUUUUUAAUGUUUUAUUUAUUUUUGAGAGAGAAAGCAUGAGUGGUGGAGGGGCAGAGAGAGAGAGAGAGAGAGAGAGAGGGAGGGACAGAGGAUCUUAAGUGGGCCCUGUGCUGACAGCAGCAAGCCCGACGCAAGUCUCGAACUCAACUGUGAGAUCACAACCUGAGCCACAGUUGGACACUCAACCAACUGAGCCACCCGGGCACCCCUGUAACCUAUAUCUACUUAGCCUUACAUUAUAAGCAUUUGCUAUAUAAUUGAUAAGUACUUUUUUGUACUGUUUAUAUAUUUUGAUUAAGAGAGGGCUGGGGAGAGACAGGUAGAGAGAAUGGGAGAGAAAAUCCCAAGCAGGCUCCACACUCAGUGCAGAGCCUGAUGCAGGGCUUGAUCCCAUGACUGCGAGUAAUGACCUGAGCCACCCACGUGCCCCUUGUUAAGUUGUUUAAAAAACUUUUAUACCAGGGCUGAGCGUAGCCUGCUUAAGAGUCUUUCUCUCCCUUGCCCCUCUCCCGUGUGCCCUUUCUCUCCAAAAUUAAAAAACAAAAAAAAAAACAAAAAAAAAACAUUGUUUUAAGUUUUAUAGUUCUAUUAGCCAGUGUAUGGAUAUACCACAACUUAACUAUUCUCAGUUCUCGAUAUUCUCAAUAUUUUGUUGAAAAAUGCGUAUCCUUCCCUCUUUACCCCCACCAACCCCUGGGGUUAUUUUUUUGGGCUGCAUUCUUAGAAGUAUGAUUUUACCAGGUCAAACUUGAAAGCAUUUAUUGAGGGGUGGGAGGACAUAUCAAGAUGUUCUCAAGAGAUGAUCCCAGUUGACGUCCCUUCCAGUAGUGUAUGAGAAUGCCUGUCUCACACACCUCUCCUCAUAUUGUGCGUGAUCGGUUUUAGGUAUGACUUGGUUCAAAUACGUGGGUAAGUCCGCACAAAAAUACAGCUAGGACAUUUUGGGAUUCUCGUCUCGUGGCUGAUCUAAAUAUAGAGGAAAUAGGAGCAAUCCCAGGGAAGUACCUAAUCCUCCCUCUGUCACACUCACCAUCUCUUUACACGGUGUGCCUGAUAUUUGUCCUCCUUCCCAUCAUGGCAGAUGAACCCUCUCCUGUUCUUAGCUGAGACUGACACCUCCCCACAUGUGAGCUACAUCCACAAACCCUUUCAUCCCUUCAGGAACUUUCUCUCCUCUUGCCCUGUUAAUUUCUCACUUUACACAGAUCAGUCUCACCAACAUGAAAGCAUGCCUUCUAUAACCUAUCUUUAAAACCAAACAACUUAAGAAAUCUCUGCCCCCUUGUCCCCCUCCAGCUACUAUCCCAUUUCUCCUUUCCCCUUCACUGCAAAACUGUUUACUCACUUUUGUUAUCUUUACUCAUUUUCCUUCUCCCAUUUUCUCCCCAACCCUCUGCGGCAACAUGGAUCCUUUUAAACUAUGAUUUUUGAAAAGUAUAAAAUGUGGCUGUUGGGUAAAUGUAAAAUAAAUGUGUCAGAUAUUUUAAAGCAUUUUUUUUAAUGUUUAUUUAUUUUGAGAGAGAGAGAGAGAGCGUACACGUGCAAUUUGGAGAGAUGCAGAAAGAGAAAGGAGAGAGAAUCCGAAGGAGGCCCAGAUGUAGGAAUCGAUUCCAUGACUGUGAGAUUAGGACCUGAGCCAAAAUCAAGAGUCAGAUGCUUAACCGACUAAGCCACCCAGGCGCACCAGAUAUUUUAAUUAAUAAUAGAACCAGUAAGAUAUUAAGACCAGUUCAAAGGAGAAUUGGAAGAACAAACAUAGACAAUUAGGUAUAAUGAAAUGAAUUUGCUAAUAGAAGCAAAACUGGUUAAUAUCCUGUAGGGCGGUAAUACAUCAUUUGAAAGGGUCCUCUUUUCUACAGGUUCAAAACCAACUGCAUCAUUAAAAGACACAUUCAUUUUUGUUGCUACGGACAAGAAUCAUUUGCAUGGCCAUCCAUUUUCCAUGACUUAUCUUCCUACAGAGUUGUAAAAUAACCUACACAGUACAAGUUAGAAGUACCCAUGGAGAACAGUGAAAACUCAGUGGAUGCAAAAUCCAUUAAAAAUUCAGAAACCAGAAAGAUCUUCCAUGGAAGCAAAUCAAUGGACUCUGGAAUAUACAUGGACAACAGUUACAAAAUGGAUUACCCUGAAAUGGGUUUAUGUAUAAUAAUUAAUAAUAAGAACUUUCAUGAAAGUACCGGAAUGCCGUCUCGGUCUGGUACAGAUGUGGAUGCGGCGAACCUCCGAGAAACAUUCACAAACUUGAAAUACGAAGUCAGGAAUAAAAACGAUCUUACACGCGAACAAAUUGUGGCGUUGCUGGACAGUGUUUCUAGAGAAGAUCAUAGCAAAAGGAGCAGUUUUAUUUGCGUGCUUCUAAGCCACGGUGAUGAAGGAAUCAUUUAUGGAACAAACGGACCUGUUGACCUGAAAAAAUUGACAGGUUUCUUCAGAGGGGAUUAUUGUAGAAGUCUAACCGGCAAACCCAAACUCUUCAUUAUUCAGGCCUGCCGAGGCACGGAACUGGACUGCGGCAUUGAGACUGACAGUGGUACCGAGGAUGACAUCGCCUGCCAGAAAAUACCAGUGGAAGCCGACUUCUUAUAUGCGUAUUCCACAGCCCCUGGUUACUACUCCUGGCGAAAUUCCAAGGAUGGAUCCUGGUUCAUCCAGUCACUUUGCUCGAUGCUCAGACUGUAUGCUCACAAGCUUGAGUUCGUGCACAUUCUUACUCGGGUUAACCGAAAGGUAGCUCUAGAAUUUGAGUCCUUUUCUCUUGACUCUGCUUUUCAUGGAAAGAAACAGAUUCCAUGUAUUGUGUCUAUGCUUACAAAAGAACUAUAUUUUUAUCACUGAAGAUGGAUGAUUUUUUUUUUUUUUUCAGUUUGUAUGCCAAGGGAGGAAAAGGUUUAACUGCUUUGUUUUCCUCUCUCAUUUAGAUCUAAUCUAAUACUUCAAGUGGUAUUUUGGAACAUGGCACUUUCAUAGCAGCAGAAUUAUGAGGCUACCUCAAACUCAGAAUCAGGUAGUUGAAAUCAAACUUAAUUAGGGAUAAAUAAAAGCGAAUAGUGGCACAAUCAUUGUGAAGGGAAAUGUUUGUAAAUUAACUGCUCUCAUAAUUAGCAAGUUUUAGUGAUGCCAUGCUAUGAAUUUUUAAGUAAAUACGGAAAACGUUAAACAUUGUAGUUAGGAAAUUCAGUGGUCCUGGUAUGCUGUCAUUUAAGAGUAUGCGUUCUGGUUUUUGUCACACCAUAGACCUACUGAUGUGGAAUAAGGUGUCCUAGAAUUGUGGGGACCCAUGGACACGGUCAAAGUCUUAAAGACCUACCUUGAUUUUAGAAUCGGUAUUUGGAGAUAAGGCCCCUGUACUUUUAGAUCAUUUGUCUGAGUGCAUGGUUUUGUGAUGUUGGUCCUGAGCAGGUCUUCGGCAAAAAGUCACGUUUACUAUUGAAAAAGAAACUGAGUAUUUUGCUAGAGAGGCAGUGUGCGCAAAUUCCGUUGAUUCUUGUGAGGCUAGAUGCGGCGUCAGUGGAGGGAGACAGAGUCAGAAGUGCGAAGUGCCAGAGAGAGUUCAUCCACCAGCAUCGCUGUCCUGAUGUCUGCGCCCGGGCCCAUCCGCUGAGCUCUCACCAGGAGAGCACCUGAAGAGCAGUUACGUAAAAACCUCAAACUGUUGAUCGUGCUGAUAGCAGCGCGAACUGACAAAAUUCUACAGGAAUAUAAUAAAACACACCGGGCAUAGUAAACAGUGUCAUGCAAUGAAGAAGCAAUAAAUCCAUCAGCUGGGUGCUCCAUAACUAGGAGAUGGUUUGACCUGAGCAGAGACACGGCGGGCACAGCCCGUGUGAUGUGAUGGAGACGGGGCCACAGACCGGCUUCAGAAAAACCACCGCCAGUUAGUUGUUUCGUAUGGACUGGUGCGUGUGGAGGAUGAAUCUCCAAGAAAGCAAACCAAAGCAGAAACGUCUGAAUUGGAAAUUUUCCAGAGAAGGUGAGCGUCACAGCCAAAAGCAUAGCACGCUUUGUAGUACGGUUUUUAAGCAAGCUAUUUUCUGUUGAAGUCUACACAGGAAAUGGUCCGGUUAUAAUCAUGUCCUGUUCUCUGAAAUGAAAGGCCCACCGCACACAGAACCUGAGACGCCAGCCAGUCUCCCCUCCCCUGGCGCAGGGGAAGCGGCGCUCGGGCAGGCCCUGGGCCGCUGCCGCGUCACCAGGUCUCCCUGGUUUUUCCGUCUCACGUUGCACAUAAGCUAUCUCUUGCUCAAAGAAAGGAACUCACAUUUAUAAAUGACAGCUCUUUGUUUUGACUAUGGAACUUUUUUGUAUAAAUGAAGCAUGCAAUGGUAUCUGUGUGACUGUUCUGUAAACUUUUGUUAUGAUUUUUUAUUUCAAAACAUAAAUUUUAACUUAAAAU